UGGGGCACUGGGAUCCCCUGGAGGGCCGCAGUGCCAGGAGCAGAGGAGCCUGCUGCCUUACCUGCCAUGGUAGCUCGAGAGUGGCAGCGGGGGGUUCCGUGAGCGCUGGGGUCAGCCCCUCUGCCCUGAGCUCACAGUGCCCCUCUCUGACAUGGACCCGUGGUGUCACAGGCAUUGCUCUGAGCCUGCCCUGUCACCAGCACUUGCUGUGGCUACAGUUGUGGUGACAGCAUGGGACGAGUGUGGGGAGCUAUGGCCUCUGCCCGUCUCAUACUCCUCCUCCUGAUGGCUACAACUUGCUGGAAGGUUGGUGCUGCUCCAUGGAGAGCACCAGGAGCAGACGACUACACUGCUUCUUUACCUAUGAUUGCCUCUUCGAACUCGGCUUUUGUUCCUGAGGUGGAACCUGGAGAUGUGAGUGGAAGUGAAUGGGGUGCAGAAUCCCAGCCGGCUCCUGGGUCCGAAGCUCUUGCAGGUGCCAUGGGUAUGUCAUGGCUUUUUACUUCCUUUGCGAGCUGCCAGCUCACGGCCCUAAUAUCAGCCAGGCACGCCUGCAGGAGCGAGAGCACAGCGCUGCACGUGCCUGCCGUGUCCCUGCACCAUCCCUAUGUACCGCCUGCUCCUCAGCUGUGCCGUUACGCAGUGACACAGAUUGUGGUGUAUGAUGGAAAGCUCUCAUGGUUCCGUAUUGCAGAAAUGCCUCCAGAGAGGGCCGUGCCAAACCCGCAGCUGCUUCCCGCGCUGGAGCCCCGCUGGUCUCCCGGGGGUCCUGCGAGACAGAGAGAGAAUCCGGGACAAGGAAGAUAUUCGCCGCGCUUUGCUCAUGUCCUAAAGGCAAUGAUGGGGGAGAACGAAGUGCCUGAGGUCGAUGGAGAGCCUGUGGACGAGGCUGUGUUUCAGGAGGGCAGCAGCCACACGCUGCCCAUCUCCCGUGAAGGCACAGAGGACGUGCAAGCAGCUGGCGCUGCAGGUGCACGUGGUGAAGAACACACUGAGGGCAUCUACAUUAAGGACGUCCCCAUGUUCUGCCUGAAAGGUGCCAUUGGUGUGUUUGUUCCGCUUCUGCUCCUGAUAAUUGUGUGCUGCAUUUGCAUCCGGCGGCGGAGGCAGAAACAACAGCGCCUCAUGGAAUCCGCCAAGGCCCGGUCUGCUGCCCACGGACGCUCAGCACGUGAGGACAGACGGUCUCGGCACCAGCGGGCUCCAGGACGUCCUGCCCGGGUGCUGCGGAGCCCCAGCACAUCGCCGCUCUCCAGGCCCAAGAGUGCCUCGGCUCGGCUGCCCCCCCCCGCGGCCCCCCGCGGCCCCCCAGCCCGGCCGUGUACACCAGGAAUAAGUCCAGAAGCCCCCAGCCCCGCCGGGCACCGCCACCGCCACCACCGCCAUCCUACAGGGGAUGGUAGCAGUCUCCCUGGGGCCGGGCACCACGUCCCAGACCUGCACAACCGCUGCUCCCAUCAACAGUGGCUGUCCAGAUUUCUAUUACAGCAGUACACCAAUAAAUAGCAUCAUCUAACUGCGUGAGACCUUGCUCGAUCUGUGCAGGACACAGGGUGGGAAAUGCCCUCAGUCCUCACGUUGGCUUCUGUUCAGGGUAAGAGGUUUCCAUGCUACACCUGCCUAGUGUGUAAGUGACGGAGACCUCGUGUUUUUGGGGUGUAUUUGGGGUGAUGGAGCAGAUCUUCCUGGAAGAGAUGAUGUUGAGGCAGCUGAGGGAUGGAGAAGUGCUCCGGGACAGCCAGUACGGCAGCACUGAGGGCAGAUCGUGCCUGACUCACUUGGUGGCUUUCUGUGAUGCCGUGAUGGCACUGAUGGACAACGGGAGGGCGACUGAUGUCGUCUCCCUGGACUUGGGCAAGGCCUUCGAUGUGGUCCCGCGCCGCUUCCUUCCCCCAGAGUCAGACAGAGAUGGGUGCAAAGGACGGGCUGUGGGGUGGAGGUUCAGCAAAGCCAAGGUUGUGCGUUCAGAUGGGGAAUUUGCCUCUUGCGUGCCCUACAUCAAUCCCAAAUGAGAAAAGGAAACCUUUUUCUCCAGGUGGUUCGCUCAGAGGCUGCAGCACCUCUGCUGUGGAGAAAGGCUGAGGGAGCCGGGGGUGUUCAGCGCGGAGAAGAGAAGGCUGCGGGGAGCCCUCAGUGCAGCCUUCUGUCAUUUCAAGGGAGAUGAUUAGCAGGAGGGAAAUGAACUUUUUGUGUGGGGAGAUGGUGAUAGGACAAAGAGGAAUGGUUUUGGCGUAAAGGAGGGGAGAUUUGGUUUAGAUGUCAGGGAAGUGGCUCACAGAGGGGGAGCUGAGGCCCUGGCACUGCUGCCCAGAGAGGUUGUGGGUGCCCCAUCCCUGCGGGUGCGCCCGACUCAGCUCACAUUGCAGUGAAUGGAGACGGAGGGAGGGACGUGGCUGAUGAGACUCCAACUGCCGGUGGCAUCGCAGGGCUGCGGUGCUUUGACCUUGCAAAGCCGCCAAACUUCCACCUGCUGGCUGUCUGCUUUCAACAUCUGUCACAAAGCACAGCAGCUGGGAGGGACCUCUGGAGUUUUAGUACAACUCCUCCCAUUCCCAGCAGCUUCCCUGCAGCAGAUUGCACACAUCACUGCAUUGAAUGCCAUGACUCCUGCUGCCCCUUGACAAGUUUCUGUCUCAGUCUCUGACAAGCAUUCACAGAAUCAUAGGAUGGCCUGGGUUGAAAAGGACCACGACCACCUAGUUUCACCCCCCAGUAUCAUGUACAGGGUGGCCAACCACUGGACCAGGCUUGUCUUGACUCAUCUCUAGGUCUGUCUUGGGUACUGCAGGACUGGGUUCUGGGAGACGGUGCUCUGGUGAUCCU